CCUGUGCUCACAUUAAGGGGAAAGCUUCUUUGGACAGGAAGAGGCAAUAAUAGAUCUACAUUUACUAGAUUUCCGGGAAAAUGUAUGCGAUUGCUCUGGCUUGUUACUGGGUGACUUCACUGGAUGGAUUCUAAUUGCCUGUAGUCAGUGGGCUCACUUGUCAUCUGAUAAUGGCGGGCUUAGAGAGCCCCUUGAAAUAGCGUCAUGCAGAACAGCCGCUGUUACACGGCUGCUUUAGAAAGCAGCCCAUGACCAAACGGAAUGAAACGCACUCUUUCGCUCCACACGGGGGCUGGGAAAAUGACCUCCCUGUUCUGCCGUAUGACGGAAUGUUUCGAGUCGCUUUUUCCUGGCUAUGUUAAUACAUUGGCCGCACCUUUUCAGACAAUUUAAUGUGGCCUAAUGUAAGCAACGUUUUUUGUCGCGGCUGAGUGUCUUCACGUAGAUAUUGUUAGGAAAGGGGAAUCAGCUCGCAUGCCUCACCUUUUUCAUUCUUCUGCAACAGAGGCCGUCCAAGAUGCCAGAGGUGCGGGAGUUGAACGAAGCCCUCCCCGAGCUGCCCAUGGACCCCAUCACAGGAGUGGGGGUGGUGGCAUCUCGAAACAGGGCGCCGACCGGCUAUGAAGUGGUUUCACAAACAACAGAUGGCGUCGACGCCGACCUGUGGAAGGACGGUUUAUUCAAAUCCAAGGUCACGCGCUAUCUCUGCUUCACCAGAGCCUUCGCUAAAGAAAAUAGCCAUUUAGGAAACGUGCUGGUGGACAUGAGGCUCAUCGACAUGAAGGACACCCUGCCCGUGGGCUUCAUCCCCAUCCACGAAACGGUGGACACGCAGGAGCCCGCGUUCAGGAAGAGGAGGCUCUGCAUAAAGUUCAUCCCGCGGGACUCCACCGAGGCGGCCAUCUGCGACGUCCGAAUCAUGGCGAGGUCCAAGCAGGCCCCGCCGCAGUACACCUUCAUAGGUGAGAUGAACAGCAUGGGGAUCUGGUACAGGAUGGGAAGAGUCCCGCAGCUGGAAGAGCCCUCGCUGAAUCAGACCGUCCCUGAAUCGGACACCGCCACGCCGGGCGGUCACGUCACCACCACCCCUACGCGCACGCCUGCCCUGCCCAAGAACAUAUCCAUGACUCUGCCCGCCAGCUUCAGCCGAAAGAACAGCACCAGGCCCGACUUCGAGCACCAGAACUCCAACCUCUACGCCAUCUCGGCCAUGGACGGAGUGCCGUUCACCAUCUCCGAGAAAUUUGCCUGGGCGUCCGCCAACAUGGACCAAGUGGAUUUAAUGGGCAUCACGAUCAAGUCGCUGGCGGAGAUCGAGAAGGAAUACGAGUACAGCUUCCGCACGGAGCACAGCGCCGCCGCCCGCCUGCCCCCCAGCCCCACCAGGAGCCCGCCGAGCUCCGAGUCCUGAGGUCACGGCGGUCAGCGGGUCGGGGGCGGCGGAGGGGCGCUGGGAAAUGAAGUCUUACUACUGAGGAGGGGCCGCCUCCGCCGCUCGCACAACCCCCUCGGCGUACAUACCCACAAUCCACCACUGACCGUCUCCAGGGCACUCCCGCGCAGUUUAACUCCAUACUUACCUCGUAGGAACAAACAAAAAAGAACUCUCACUGCAACCUUCAGAUCGUUCAUGGUUGGUGUUUCUUUUCAUUUUUUUUUAUUGGUCACUGAAAGAAAGGUUUUAACCAUCUGUGUGGUUUAUCUCGGAAGAGCGGAGAGAAUGAAGAAAAAAAGAGGGAAUGCAAAAAAGAGAGGGAGUGCAUCUCUUCUAGAGGAGUGAGCGUGAUGUAGACGCAACCAAACCAGUCUUGCGGGAACGUAGGCUGCGGUUGCAGCUAACAGUUUCUUUUUGUUGUUGUUUUAAAUGAUGUUUCAUCUUCGUUAUCUUCCGGGUUUUUUGGAAUGUCCUAUCGCUUAUACCUGAUGUGACAUAACACUGUGCCUCCCGCACCCAACACGGGAAGCACCGUGCUGGACGCACGCCCUCCUCUGACGCCAUCGGCACACCAGCCCCCGCUUAUCACCCCCCCCUCCGUGCCGUUGGGGUCUUCAGGAGACGCUCGUCACCCGCCGACGUCACUCAGACACCCGGAAACUUCCGUCGAGCCACUGGAAACCACCACCACAGCAGUGACCUCGUGGAGCCCUGGACUGCAUACGCAGAGCUCACCGCUACACACGCUCACACUGUCCGAUAAUGACAGACCCUGCUCUGGAACUAGCGCUGUGUGGGCUAGAGGGCUCAGGCCUACACUUUCAAGUGCGUGUCUGCCAACCUGGCCGUUUGCAAGCUACAGUGCCAUGUCGUAUUAGUGAUUAGGUGAAACCACUCCAGCGCCGGUAACGAUCUGCUUUUCGGCAAUCGACGGACACGCCUGACGCCCGUCCAGAUUUUGUGCUUAGCCAGGUCGAUCUCCGCUCGGUGGCCGUGGGAACGAAUCGCCGGUAUGAGACGUCGCCGACCCGCCCUUUCCCGCGCGCGUUAAGGAGUCCCUCAGAGAGGACGUGCGCUGCCAGCCUGCGGGGCUCCUGACUGGCUUUGUGUGAAGAGCGCCUCGGAGGGCGCAGUCCAUCCUCACACAGACACGUCGCACGCAAACUCUGGCAGAAACUAUAUUUUUCCCCCCUCUGAUGCCAUCAGUGAAGUCCAGCGUUGUUUAGGUGUGUCACUGUACCGCGGUCAUGUGAAGCUCACAGUUUAGCCUUCUGUAAAGCGCUUGCAUGCAGCCUUUUUUUGGGGGAGAAUGCAAGUCAGAGUAUGGCUAACCAAAACCACUGUUACACGGAAACGGGGCUCUCUCUCUUCGCCAGAUAUUGGGGAGCGUUGUUUGUUUACACAAAUUGUCCAAGACACAUUUAUUUUGCAUGCUAGUUCGGGAAUCAGGAAUACUUUGUAGCUUUGAGAAUGUGGGUAUUACUGUAUUUAUUUGUAUUUUUUUUUUGCUAUGCGCUGUUAUUUU